AUGGACCAGACCGACGUCGAUAUUGGCACGCAGGUCAGGGAUUUGGUCGACUCGCUGUCGCCGCGAACCGCGCAUCAGUACAAAUCGUACAACGCCAAGUAUGUCCAGUGGUUGAGAGGCAGGAAGAUCAUUGGCUCAGACGCCGAGGCGUCUGUUCUGUACAGAGAGCUGCCGCUGUCGGCGCAUCUGGUGCAUUGGUUUCUUCUGGACACGUUGAUACUGGAGAGUGGCCACGGGCAGGGCGGUGGUGGCGACAAGCGGGGCGACAAGCGGGGCGACGAAGACGGCGACGACGACAAGGACGAUUUUAAAAUAGCCACGUUGAAAAAAAUGGUCAGCAGUCUCAAGUUUCUCAACAAGCUGUGCGCAAUCCACGGCAACUCGAGCAAAAUUGACGACAAGUAUGUGGAAAAUGUCACCAAAUUGCACUCACAUUGGAUUUCACUCAACAAGGACGACCUGUUGCCGCUGGUCAAGGUGUCGAUCAAUCUGUGGAACGAUUACACGCCGUCGUUGGCGGAGAAGUUCUUCAAAAGCUGUUUCGAAAAGACGAGGUUUAUAGUCGAUUUCCAGCUGAGAUUUAUUUCUAAGCUGUCCUAUGACCAGAGAUCGAAGAUAAAACUGUCGCAAUUGAAACCUGGCGCGGACAACCGCAGCAUUUCGUUUGAUCAAAAGACAUGGUCUUCGUUGCAAGUGUAUUUGCCAGAUUCGCAUCCUAGGGUGAAAUCGCAUAUGCCUAUCGUUUUAUCAUCCCGUAGUUGUCCGUUUCUGUGUCCGUUGACCUCUCUGGCGACCUAUUUGUAUCUGAGGUUUUAUGGUAUAAAGACGAUGACCAAAGGCGAUGGAUUUCCGAACCUUUUGGAAGAGAGGUCAAGUCACAAGGACACAUGGUUGGACUUGCCUCUUAUCCGUGGUAAAUCCUUACUAGAUUAUCCACGAGAUGAAACUUUGAGCAAUUAUUACUCUUCGGUUUUCAGAUACUGUCAGCUGCCUUACAAGAGGCGAGAUUUCUUCACCAAACCGUCCUUGCAGUUCCCGACUUGGUCAGAAAGUGAUUUUUCCGGUUUUUUCGACGAUUAUUAUAACAAAUCAGUAAACCAAAAAGAUGCAGCAGCGUUUGCCGACCAUGUUCCAGUUGAUUUCAAGCAAAUAAUGAACUUUAAAAGCUCAGGCUCGUAUUCAAAUGAAACUCGUCAUACCGAUCUACCCAAGGGUUUAUUAGUUCAAAUCUUCCCUGAAAUUGAAUCUUAUCGACGUCAGUGGGAUUCAUUAUCGAUCGAAUCGCAAAACUUUAUAAAACUUUUGGAAAUUUUGAGAAAUCAUUUUUUAUCCAAUUUGCCAAUUAUCUUUCAGUUUUUCCCCAAUCAUGAUCUCUUUAAAGACCCGAUUUUUCAGAAUACAGAUUUUCAAUCUUAUUUUCACGAUAUUAUUGGGAAGAAAAAAAUCAAAGAUGAAUAUGUUGAUAGCUUGCCCGGUUUCGUUUCAAUAAAUGAGGAUUGCCUAAAGAGUUUACUUAUCGAAUCGUCAACAACAGUCACGAAUAAUGCCAAAACGAAUGAUAAUUUAUCUAUUGUUGAUCUCAGUUCAAGUGCAAAUGAUCUGAUGAAUAAAACUUUUCAAUUCGCCCAGUAUCAAACUUUAACGAAUUUUCGAAUUUUGAUUUCAUUACUCACAAAUAUUUUUGAUAGACUUGAGAUGAAAAAAUCUUCUAGAGAAUUUAUGAUUCAUCAGCUUGGUUUAGUUCAAGAUACUAUAAAUGAAAAGAUAAACGUUUCGAAACCAAUUGAUGUUGAUAACUUUGUUAAGGAAGAAGAAGAUCAAAAACAAGUAGAAUUGAAAAACGUUGAUGACAGUACUGAUCACACCGAUAAAAAAGGAAGGUCAAAAAGAAACACACACGGGCUACUUGCAAUAGAAGAUGAAUUUUCUGAGGAAGCAGACAUUGACGAUGACGAUGAUAAUGAUAAUGAUAAUCAAGAUAUGCAGCAAGAAUUAAAAUUUAUGAUUAAUGAGCUUGUUGGUGAAAGGGUAAGGUCGACUGUGAAACAGCAAAUGGAAGAAUGGGAAACAAAAAUAAAAAAAAUGGUAGACGCAGCUGUAGAAUCAAAAAUUUCUGCUGUGGUAAAACGUAAUUUGAACGAAUUCGAGGAUGAUAAUGAAGAUUCUCUAUCUAAGAGGCAAAGGCUAAGCAUAACACCAUCCAUUACGAACAAUGAAUCAACACCUAACUAUCCAGUUCCGGAAGAUAAUUCAAAACACUUUGAAAUGAAUCCUCACUUGGAAAGUGUCGAAUCUGUGAUUUUAGAAUGGUUCACUCCUAAUCCAGAUAUGAAUAAUGAAUGCGUUCAUCAUAUGAAUAAAAACCAUAGCAAAAUUUGGAGAUCAAGUUUUGAGAAACUUUACAAAGAACGUAAAGUCGUGGUUGAAUUUUACAUUUAUCUUGUCAAUGAUAGAGCGUAUGAUAGAUACAAAGCAGUUGAUAUAUGUGAAUCUUUCAAAAGAAAAACGAAUGACGGUACACUGCGAUCUUUAGCUCAAUAUUUGAAAGAGUGGAAAAAAAAUCAUUCAAAUUCAUUUGCCGGUGGUAUAUUGGAAGAAAAUUAG